CAACAACCAACAACCUCAGCAUUUACCAAGUCCUUCUCUCCAACCUCCUCGCCAACCUCGGACCUCUCCCAUCCAAUCUUCCACCAAGUUAUCAACAACAAACCUAACCCAAAAUGCCCCAACCAACACCCCCACCACCAACAGCACCCGCAACAAAACCCCACUCCCACCCAGAAAGCCUGACCUUCACAAAAAAGAACCAAAACAUGACCAAACUCCCAAAAUACGCCAAAAUCACCAAACGCCCCAUCCCCCACCCCGCCCCGUCAACACCAUACACGGGCUCCAACGUCCCCAAAACCAUCUACGUGUCGACGACCACCCCCAAGAUGAGCGUCGUGACGCGCGUCCGGAAGCUGCUGCGGCAGGCGGAGAAGCGCGCCACCGCGGGGUUGCACUCCACGAAAGGGGGGCGGCAGCAACACGGCGGGAGAACGCAAGCGGAGCGCGUGGCGCAGGUGCAGGAGGCGCUGCGGCGGGAAGAGGUGCAUGUCAAGGCGACGGGGCGGGCGAUUGCGAAGGCCGUGGCUGUGGGCGAGUAUCUGCGGGAUGCGGCGGGGGGUGGGGAGUUUCGGGUGACGGUGACGACGGGGAGUGUGCUGGUUGUGGAUGAUGUGGAGGUUGAUGAGGCCGCUAAGAAACGGGUGGUGGAGGGGGCGGAGAGGAUGAGGAGGGAGGUGGAGUCCGGGUCGGCGGUAAAGGGUGAGAAGAGGGAGGGGGAGGGGGAGGGGAAGGGAGAAGGGGGUUUGGGGGAGGAAGAGGAGGGAGAGGAUGAAGAGGAGGAAUUGCCCGAGUCGCGGACGAGGUGGGUUAAUAUGGUGGAUGUUGUGGUGGGGUUGAAGUAGGAUUCCUUGCUGGGUUGGGAAUGAUGAAGAAUAAUUCGAGACAAUGGUAUUGAUGACGAAUGGAGCAUCAUCGGGGACAUACCCACAACUAUCCUGGGUGCUUCGGAUGGAAAGGUUGCCUAUCGUCAAACCAC